CAUAGUACAUGCAGCACUUUUUAUCAGUCAGUUUAAUUAUGUUUCGUUAAAAACCUAUUUAGGACAUGUUUUUUGUUCACUUUCUAUAAUUUAUGAUACAAUGGAUCUCAGGAAUUCGCCGUUUAAUUAUUCCACGUUGCUGCUUUUGUUGCUGUGUAAAGCAGACGGCAGUGUAUCACUUGAUAAAAGAUUUGUAGAGGCUGCCAUAUAUACAGGCCCGUAUCAAUGGUCAACGUGGACCGAUUGGACUUCCUGUAACGGAACAUGUGUGAACGCUGGCGGCAUUGGACAAAGUGUUCGAACACGUUACUGUGACGAUGGAAGGUUCUAUGUCAAAGUACAUUUAUGCCAAGUUCCAUACGUGGGCAACGUCGGCGCACUAGUAUUCAGAAGAGAUGCAAAACAUGUGGAACGGUCGGAUGCAAUAAACUUAAAUGAUGGCUUAACAGCAUAUGAAACGAAAACAUGCCACGUGACGUGUGCGAUGCACGAAUCAGUCAAUAUAUGGAGCCCUUGGCAAACCUGGUCAACGUGCAGUGUAAGCUGUGGAAUAGGUAAAUGGUCAAGGCCACGGAUCUGUAGCACCGGCAUAGAUUGCAUAGGUGAACCUAUCCAGUACGGUGCAUGCUUUAAACAAAGUUGUCAAAUAGAUUUAGAUGGCAGCUGGGGAUCAUGGUCGGACUUUGCAAACUGCUCACGCACGUGCGGAAACGGUGUUCAGCACAGGCACAGACAGUGUAAUAAUCCUGCCCCUCAAAAUGGCGGACAAAAUUGUACAGGAAGUGCCCAGGACUUCCGAGCAUGCGCAACGUUCCCUUGUCCUAUAGACGGCGGAUGGAGUAAUUUUACCGACUUGGCAUGCAGCGCCACCUGCGGAAUAGGAAUAAUGACGUCAAUACGAUCAUGUACAAACCCAACGCCGAGAAAUGGCGGGCAGGAUUGCCCUGGUGAAGGAUACAAAUUAUCCCAGUGCUAUUUGAAGAACUGUAUAGUUGAUCAGUGGUCCACGUGGUCUCCAUGGAGCAACUGCAGCGCGACAUGCGCAAACGGAACGAAAUCAAGAGCACGCACGUGUCUGUCUUCAAACGACUGUGUUGGAGCAAGCCGCGAGACAAUGGCUUGUGUUAAGACGUCAUGUCCGCAAACAGUUGAUGGUGGAUGGAGCGACUUUGUGAAUAUCUCGUGCAGCGUUACAUGUGGGCGUGGCCAAUUAGUUUCGCUGAGAUACUGCAACAACCCCUCCCCACAAAAUGGCGGUAAAUAUUGCGACGGAAUAGCCCACAGAAUAUCGGAGUGCAGUCUGCCGUCAUGUGUAACAGAUGGUCAGUGGUCAAGGUGGUCAGACUAUACCAAAUGUGGGUCUAUUUGUGGGGAUGGCUACACUUUGCGGUAUCGGACAUGCUCGAGCCCAGCACCCAAGAAUGGCGGGAAAAACUGCACGGGUAUCUCCGAGGAGCGCCUUCAAUGCAAUAGUGGUCCAUGUCAGACAGGAUGGUCUGUAGUGAAAGAAGCUGCCUCUCACCCCGGAAUCAUGGGUUUGAGCCCCACUCAGUGGGAUAACGGCCAUGUGUCUUCGUUUGACACGGGACCGUAUUCUUGGUCAUCGUGGUCAGGAUGGUCACACUGCAAUGGCACGUGCAAAAUAAAUGGAGGAGUAGGUCAGCAGAACCGGAAGCGACAUUGUAAUGACGACGACGAUUUAGUCAAGUUACAUUUUUGUCGCGAGCCGUUCAUGGGUGAUUCCGGCGACGAGCAGACGGCCAUUGUGAGAAAUAUUUACGACAAUGCUCAGAUUAUUUUAGAAGACAGUGUUUCCUCCGGAACAGAUAACUAUGAAUUUGAGUAUCGGACAUGCCAGAAAGAGCACUGCCCAGUAAACACAUGGAGCGGUUGGAAUAACUGGGAAUCAUGUAGCGUCUCUUGCGGUAGUGGGAUGAGAGUACGAUCCCGGCACUGUACAUCCGGCUCGGACUGUAUCGGUAAUACACAUGAUGUUGAAACCUGCACUGGAUCACCGUGCACCAUUAAUGGCGGAUGGAGUGCUUGGACCGAGUUUGGAGAAUGCUCGCGCAGUUGCGGAACUGGCGUUGUAUUCAGAAGGAGGCUAUGUAACAAUCCAAGUCCUCAAAAUGGCGGCUUGAAUUGUACUGGAAGUGCCCAAGCAUUUAAGACAUGUUUGAAAAGCGAAUGUCCGAUCGAUGGUGGAUGGAGUAACUACACAAUGUACCAGGAUAUGCCAUGUAGCGCCACCUGUGGUGGUGGAGUAAUGACGUCAUUCCGUUCAUGUACGAACCCAGCUCCUAAAUAUGGCGGGAAAAUCUGCACGGGAGAAGCCUACUAUUUCAAGCAUUGUAAUCUUAGAAAUUGCAUCGUAAACACGUGGUCUGAUUGGUCGGAAUGGAGCGCGUGUAAUUCCACUUGUAAUAACGGAAGUAGAUCGAGAACGAGGUCCUGCCUGUCGGAAAACGACUGCAUUGGAGAAUCAAACCAGAGCGAGGCGCGUAUUUUACAGCCUUGUCCAAUAGACGGUGGGUGGAGCCAUUUCCGUAACGUUUCAUGCAGCGUAACAUGUGGGCGUGGUCAAGCAAUAGCUCUUAGAGAGUGUAAUUACCCCGCCCCUCAGUUUGGAGGCAAAGACUGCGUCGGACUUUCACAUCAGAUAACCGUUUGUGAAAUGCCAUCUUGCGCUGUUGACGGUGGUUGGUCAGAAUGGUCAAAUUUCAGCCGGUGCGGAUCAGUGUGCGGAGAUGGGUACACAACUAGAAACAGGACGUGUUCGAAUCCAGCACCGCAGAAUGGAGGUAACAAUUGUACGGGAAGUCACGAGGAGAGAUCCAAAUGCAAUAGUGGACCGUGUUCUAAAGAUAUGCCAAUAUGCAACACGGUCAAUGUUCUUGAGGAUUUGAAAAAUCAUGCACUAUAUGCACCAACGAGGGCUUGUCCGUGUAGUAAUAUGGACUUUAUACCAGAGGAAAAUAUGAUGAAAGACCUAUGUGGAGCCCCUGCAGACUAAACCACGUGGUAACCAAGUCAAUCUAUAAGAACAACUUGCUCACAAAUCCCCCUUUACAGCCCUAUAAUGAAACUGCACCGCGAAUGAUUGCGACAGAGACAUGUGAGGACGGUGUACACGAACAACUUAUAAAUUUAGACGUUGACGAUAAAUGGGAAUAUUAUACCAUGAAAUGGAAGCAACAUUAAAAAAUUGACCGAUUGCUUAUACAUGACUUUAAAAUCUUUUUACAUAGUUUAUUAAUUUGAUAUUGUAUAUAAAGUUUAUAUUUUUAAUAUGCCAGUA